UGCUGCUGCUAAGAAAGAUUAUGCUAAAACCAAAGACGCUGCCAAAGCUAAAGAACUUAAGGCUUGCCUUAAGGGACUUAAGAAAGCCCAAGUUGCUUUUGCUGCACAAGUUGCUAAAGAACAAAAGAAGACUAAACAAUUCAAUAAACUUCCAGUCCAACAAAAAGAAGCUAAACAAGUUCUUGAUGCUAACAAGGUUAUCAGAUUAACUGCUCCAUGUACCCUUGAGACUAAGACCCUUACAAAGGGAAUGAAGGCAUUUGAUGCUGUUGCCCAUCUUAGAAAAGCUAAGAAUGUAGCUAAAGCUGUUUCUGGAAUUGUCAAAGGACAAAAGAAAGCUAACAAUGCUCCUUCAAAGAAACAAUAA